AUGAUCCAGGAAACUACCGAAUCCUGUCAUUGGAACCAUGUUCUAGGAGCCUCCAAUCCAGCUGAUCCUCUUUCCCGUGGAGUCAAUCCGGUCGACAUCGAACAACAUUCGCUUUGGUGGAAUGGUCCGGACUGGCUAUCCCUGCCACCAUCUCAGUGGCCCGUGAGCGAGUUGCCAUCGCUCGACCCUUGCUGGAUGUCAGAAGCCAAAACCAAAGUAGCUAUGAUCGCUACUGUCGACUCGACGUUCUCCGAUCCACUAUCCAGCCGAUUUUCCAGCUUUAACAAGCUUCGUCGAUGUAUUGCAUAUUGGAUGCGAUAUUUUCGUGCUUUGAAAGCAGCCUCCAAGAAGACCACCAUCGUACCAUUUGAAUAUUUGACCACUGCUGACUUCCGUGAAGCAGAUACCGCCCUUUACCGACUAGCCCAGCGUGAAUCGUUUCCAAAGGAAAUUUCCAAUCUUCUCUCCGGCGAUAGAGUUGCAACGUCAUCGCCAUUGAAAUGGUUGAAACCGAAGAUCAGCGUAGAAGGCAUCAUCCGAGUCGGUGGGAGACUCGGCAACGAUGCUGUUUCCGAAGAUGCCAAAUUUCCAAUUCUUUCGUCAAAACAUCCGCUAGCGAUUCUGCUGGUCAAGUACUACCAUCAUACCCUGCUGCAUGCUGGUCCCCAACGGAUGCUUGCCACAAUUGGCCAGAAGUUCUGGAUCAUUGGUGGUCGAAACCUAGUUCGUCGCAUAUACCACCAGUGCCACACGUGCUUCCGCAGCAAACCCGCAUUGGUGCAGCAGAGUAUCGCCGAUAUACCAACAUCAAGAGUUAUACCAACAAGACCAUUCGCCGGAUGCGGGAUAGACUUUUGUGGUCCCGUGUAUGUUAAGUCUUCGAUACGCAACCGAGCCCCAACAAAGGCAUACAUUUCCGACCUAUCUACGGCGGCUUUCUUAGCCGCACUCCGCCGUUUCGUCGCCCGACGUGGAUGGAUGAGUGAAAUCCACAGCGACAACGGUACUGCCUUUAAAGGUGCAGCAAACGAGCUGCACAGAAUCUACGAGAUGCUGAAAUCCAACGAAACGGAUCGGAAACAAAUCCGCGACUGGUGCGCGGAACAUGAAAUUGUUUGGCGUUUCAUCCCUCCACGAGCACCGCACUUUGGCGGGCUGUGGGAAGCCGCCGUUAAAUCAGCCAAGAACCACUUAUUACGCGAAAUUGGCACAGUCAACGUAACCUAUGAGGACAUGGUCACCCUAUUAGCCCAAAAGCGAUUCCAGCGAAUCUGGUCCAGGUGGGCACCAGAAUAUCUCCAGCAACUACAGUCGGGAGCGACCAAGUCCAGCCCUCCCGUCACAAUCACACCUGGCGCUGUUGUGGUGAUAAAGGACGAUAACCUGCCACCAAUCCAGUGGCCGCUCGGAAGGAUCACCAAGGUGCAGCCGGGCAAGGACAGCGUGGUACGCGUCGUCACCCUGAGAACUGCAACCACCGAAGCUGUCGUCCGACCGGUUGCAAAGAUUGCGCUGCUGCCGAUGCAGGAGCAUCUAGAAUCCGUAGAUGACCAGGUAGAGUACGCCAAAAUUGCUCGAGGCCUUCGUGGGAAUCAAGCAGGUAAUUGCGGUUCCAAUACCUUACAGUAA